CAAGCAUCACAAGCUCGAUGCAAGGAGUAGCGUAUUCCGGUAUCAUGGCUUUACGGUCUACGACAGCUAUUGUUCGUAAUAUUCCUAACGUCUUUGUUGAGGCAUUGAGACUAGAUGGUUCUCAGGCAGUUGUGCUCGAAAAAGCGAAACAACAGUUCAACAAUUACAUCGAGACCUUGGAACAAUGUGGUGUCAAAGUAGUGAGUCUGCCAUCGGAUGAACGAUUCCCCGAUUGCCCUUUCGUUGAAGAUGUUGCUGUUGUUAUCGGUGCACGUGCGCUUGUCACUCGCCCUGGUCACCCGUCACGUCGAGGGGAGAUGACGGUGAUGAGGGAGGCGCUGAAGUCGCUGCAGAAGGCCCCUCAGAUCUACGAGAUGGAGGAUCCUGAAGCCUUCGUGGAUGGAGGGGAUGUCUUGUUUACAGGUCGGGAGAUAUUUGUUGGUCAGUCAUCCAGAACCAAUCAGAAAGGUGUACAGUGCUUGGCAAAAACAUUCCCAGAAUUCUCUGUGACGCCAUUUCCUAUAAGAAGCUCGCUGCAUUUGAAGAGUUUGGCUACCAUGUGUGGUGAUGACAUGAUAGCUGUUGGAGGGGAUCAGGAAGCUGCAGAAACACUCAAGUCGAUGAAGUCACAGGCCAAGUUCAAGUACAACUAUGUCCAGCUGGACAGCAACUCUGCGGCCAAUGUCCUGCUGGUCAACGACAACGUGUUUGUGAAGCCCGGGGAGGAGAUUGGGCACCACAACUAUGAUAUACUUAAAAAGCAUGUGAAGGGGAGAAUUAUUGACGUCCCAUUCUCGGAGUUCUACAAGGUGGACGGCUGCCUCACCUGCUGUUCGGUGCUCAUAAACCAGGAAGCUGUGUCCGGAUAGACAACCUUAUAUUAUACACCUGCUCAUUUUUCCUAACAAAUUACGAUAUGUCCAUCUAUCAAUUUGUAAACAAGUCUUAUGUCUGUUGUCAUGGUGAAUAAGGUAUUGGCAAAGCUGUCUGUUGGAUUAUAUACUUAUUGUUUGAAAAUUAUAUUUCUAGGUUCUGACUUCUGAUUACCUCAGCUCCUCCUUUUUAUACAAGUUUCACAGUGAUAUAAGCUUCUGUACAACAGUGAUGCUGUCCUCAAAGUCAUCUACCUCGUGAUUGUUAACUCUAUGUGACACCUGCGUCAUGAUACUUUAAAUCAUUUUUCCCUGUUAUGAUGAAACCCAAAUCCACACCAGUUAAGUUAACACUUUUUAAACUUUAUUUAGCCAGAAUUGUUACUCAUUGUUCAAAGCAGAGGGUUGAAAUGUAUCUUUUUCUUAAUUUUUCAUAAAUAUUUAUAAUUUUAGUUUUUACAGUUUGUAUAUGUGAUUGGUCAUUGUCAUAUUUUUGGUUAAAUCUGAGGGUCAUAUUGUGAAAGCAAAAGUCUCAAUAUCUUCUACCUCAAGUUUUUAAUUAAUAUAUACACAACCUUGUUCUGUUAAAGAGAGUAUGUUGUGGCUAUUACCGUGGUUAUUGAUUAUUAUGUUAGUUAAUUCAGACUGACAAUAAAAGUACUGUUAGACGAGGGUAUUAUCGGGGAUCCCAAGCUUAUCAGGUGUAAUUGGAAAUAUCAUCCUUAGGGACAUGAAUAUUGUUGAAACUGUGUUCAGUAUUUCGAGUUAAACGAGUCAUUAUUUCUGCUUCUGCUGAUUGUAGCCAUUGUGCCAUUAUGGUUAGUGUUUGCAGAGAUGACCACAGCCAACUAUGUGAUGUCAUUGGAACACCGGAAAUAUCCGAGGAUGAAGUCAUUUGUAUUUUUGUGACAUCACAAAUGGUUUAUGUGUGGUAUUUUUCGACAAUGGUUGAUUACCUUAGCCAAUGUCAGGAUGCGGAAGUAUACUACUAACACUUUGUUAAGGAUCACAAAAAUUCCCAACUUUACUUAAACAUAGAUUUAUAAUUUAAAAUUGUAUCCAUUUAAAACUAGAUAAAUAAUGAUAUGAUAACCCCUCUUUAGGAAAAC